UCCUCCUCCUGCUCCCUUUCUCCUUGUUCUACAUUCAAAGAGCAACAGGUCUAGAGCCAGUUCAUGCAUGACUGUGCAAACUAAGUGACUAUUGUGGGCCUGCAUCACUGACUCAGUAUUUUCAUUUCAUCCUUUUGACUUUGUCUGGUAUAUUGGAGCUAUGAUGUUCCGAACAGCAGUGGAGCAUGCUAAGAAGCAUCCUGGUCUCAUCCCCCAGUUCUUCUUUAUCUGCUUGGGAAUGGGCGGAGCUUCCUUAUAUCUGAUCCGGCUGGCCAGAGGACCCCAUGUCACCUGGAAUAAGACCAGCAACCCUGAACCAUGGAAUAAGCUGGACCCCACAUACCAGUACAAGUUUGUGGCCAUCACCACGGACUACAAAAAUCUGAAGAAGGACGGACCUGAGUUUUAAUUCUAACAUACCAAUUCAAAAAUAUUUAUAAAAUAAAAUUAAAAAGAGUUCUUAUCUAGGGUCAAAUUCCAUUUUUUCCGUUUUUCAGACAUGCACAGGUUAGAAGGUGUUUGAUCACAUUCGUAUUUCUGAGGCUGUGACAUUUUAAAGAUGGGCUGGUAAACUUACUGAAGUGACUAAGACUUUCAAACCCACGUGACAGAUUAUAAGUUGCUUUCCAUACUAAUGUUUCUGCCUCAUUUACUCAUUUACACCAUAAUGAACAUAAGUUUAGCUAAUAUCAUUAAAAUGUCAAAGAAUUUCAGUCUUUGUUCUAAAAGUCGUGUUCUAAAAGUUCCCACAAAUCAGUAGAAAAGCAGAAAAAACAAACAUGAAAAAUAAUAUUUAAUCAUGUAAAUGUUUUAGAGAGCCAUAACAGUGUGGGAAACUGUUCGACAGAACAUGUUGUUUCCUUCUCCUGGAGUUAUAAGUUGUCACCACAUUCCUGGAAAGUCAGGAAACUGAAUUAUGCCAGCUGGUAUAAAAUGUUUCAGUCCUGUUGAGCUUUAUUACUGAGUGAAUCUUUGGGAGCUGAGUUCAUUUUAUGAUUGACACACGUCUGUAAGUUCAGCUGCCACUAACUUCAGUUAGUCCUGAAAAAAUGGUACAGUAAUUAAGCUGGAUGCUUUUAUUAAAUGAUUUUCUCUGUCAGUUUCCAGGUUUUGUUGGAAAGUUGUCUUAAAAACACCUGCACAGAACUGGAUGAGAAAAAGAUCUUUUUCCACAUGCUCAGUGACUGCAGUGGAGCACAUCUAUCUUUCCUCGGUGCAGGUGUCACUCUUCUGGAGACUUGCUGCUGUGAAUUCAGCUCAGAUGCCCUCAUUAUACGUGCAGAACAGCAUGUGUGUACCUGUGUGACAUGGGAUGUUUAUGGUCAGUAUUAGCUGUAGCAGCUAAAAAGUGUUUAGCAGAAGUUUGCAUUCAUGUGCAUGGCAUUUUAAAAUGCUUCGUCCAACAUCCUGGAUGCCACAUAUGGGAUGUCUUUAAAACAACAUGUUGUUGUUCAUCAUUUUACAACCUUAUACAUUCAAAGAAGCAUCAAAAAUAUUCUCAAAAUAUCACAGUAACUGCACCAAACAUACACCACAAAAGAGUUAGCCUAAAAAUAGGAAAAGAACACUUAGGAGUAGAAAAUAGUGCAAUUAUCUUUCCAUGCAGCAAGUCAUUAUUGCUUCAAAAAUCUGAUAAAAGAUUUAGAAACAAACAUUCAAAAAGUGAAAAAUAAUCUAAAAAGCUAACUGUUAAAUAGAAUCACUUAAAAAAUGAACUUUCACUGCCUAAUAAGUAUUUUUUUGCUAGUCCAAUUUAACUGGUUUAUAUUUUCUGAGUUCAUUUUGAUUAGAGUGUCAAUAAACUAGUGUAAUAAGUUGAUAUGAUUUAUUUUAGAACAAAAUGUGAAUAUGACCUUAGCACGAGAUUGGCCAUCUUAGUAAAUCCUCACAUCGCCUUCAAACCUGUGUUCAAUGUUAAAAAUUGUCUGAGAGGUUUAUUUGUGGUUUCUCCACUUUAUGAACUAAGUCUGUUUAAUAAAAUGCAUUCAGAUAUCUUUAAAAAAAAAUCUUAAAUAAAGCAAUUUAAGGUUUUUAAGUCUUAGAUCAAGGUUUUCUGUUAUUGUCAAUGGUUUGGAGCGAAACAAUUGACUCAUUUCAGAAAUAAUUUCCUUAUUUCUUGAGCCUAGCUCUCAACUGUGCUAGUUUUGAAAAUGUUUACAGCAAACAAAAGUUUAAACAACAUAAAACCUGGUAAAAAUUUGUGACUGUGUAAAAACAAGAUUUUAAGCCUUUGCAAGUAUCAAAUAGUUUGUAGUGUAGGAUGUCAUGUGACCUGGGGUAAGGGAGUGCAAACGGUUUUAAUAAAGCCUCUUAAAAAUCACGCUCAUAGUAUUUGUUGGUGGUGAGAAAGAGGCUAAACUGAAGGAGAUUAUUUGUUUUUCUGCAGCAAAGUUUGUGUAUUAGGGUUGGUUUUCUGAAAGCCGACAUACAAACAGACAAUUGUCUGACCUGGGAUGUUGAGAGGAGGAAUUCCUCUGGGAGGAGCAGAUGCAACUCAGAAAUGGAAGAACUUGAUCAAAUGCCUGGCAGAAAACAAAGCAGUCUGACUAAAGUCCAACUAUUGGGGCUGAAUAACCAGGGCUUAGAAAGGGAGCAGCAGCGCUUGAAAUUUAACGCUUGUUUAGUGCUGCUUUGUUAAGCACUUUGUGUGCAAAUGCAAAGCUUCUCUCAAGAUCACAAAUAAAUACAUCAAAUGUAAAAUAACUUUUUUUUAUCCCAAAGUGAAUUACAAAGAAAGCCAAAACCUUUAUGUGUUGAAAGUACAAAAAUGCAUGAGCAGAGAAGAGCAGUAGGGGAGGAAAUGUUGAAGCUGCAAGUCCUAAAGUUUAAUGAAGACAAUGAAGAAUUUCCUGUACAUCAUGAAACCAACUUGUCAUUGAGGUUGAAUUUAUUUAUUUAAUGGGUUCAUCUCCUACUGUUUUACUGAAGUUUAUACUUGUGAGCAAGAGUGUAAAAUCUGCUCAUUGAUUUCAUUCAAAUGUAAAUCUGUUUGAAGUGCAAAGAGCAAAAACAUCUGUCUUCCUGUUGCAUCGUCGCCAAUGCUUAUAAAGGAUCCGUUUUGUUUUCCUUUUCUAGUAAAGUAUUCCCUAAAGUGGCUACUAUGAGGAAAUGACUGCAGGAAAUUCCAGCUCCUGACCUUUCUAAAGCCUGCAUUCCCCUUGUUUCUCCAAAUACAGACUGUCUGCCUCAAAUCUGUAACAUGGCCGCAAAUAUAUUAAAAAUAAAAGUAAGCAAACUUUAAAUUAUAACAAAGCA